AUGCAAAGUUAUGGCUUGAAACACCAUGGGAACUCGGAAGAGAAGGUGCUUCUCCUGCAGGUGCUCAAUGGGGAUAAAUUGUGUGCAUGCAGGAAAGCCAUGCAUGUUACAGCAUGUUAGCCAUGGAGAGAGAUAAGAAGCAUACCACAGCUGCUUCAGUCACUGAGAUGAAUGGGGACGCUAUUCAGCCUGAAAGUUCCUCCGUCCCACAGGGCUGGAAUGAGUUCUGUGAGUUCCACGCCAUCUCCACAGCACGGGAGCUGGCAAAGCAAUAUUGGUUAUUUGCUAACCAGAACCCACACCAUGAUAUACUGGCCGCAGAGAACUUCUCUUUGCAGUUUACGGAUCUUUUCCAGCAGUAUUUUAGGAACGAGGUGAGGGAAAGCUGGGGUAUGGACCAAUACAAAUUUUUCCCCUUUAGUAGGGUAAAAGAUUAUAGAGAGACAGGAAGGAGGCCAUCGCAAGAGUCUCCAAGUACGGUUGCACCAAAGGUGGAGGUGGAUUUGGCAGCUCGCCAUGAACAUACAGAGCAGACUGUCUGUGAUACCGCUGUCCAACAAAUGCCAAAAUCUUGGAGUUUAGAGGAACUUCGGCCUAAUGUCAGCACCUCAUCUCCAAGACCAUUCAUUCGAUUUUCUCUCAAUAGCCUUAGGAGAAGUCUUAGAAAUAUAUUUCGUAGGAGGUCCACAGAUUCUGCCCCUACGGAAACCAGAGAGAUAGAGGCCGAUACAGCGGAGUCACCCACUUGGCAUGGCAUCCCAAGGAGGAUUUUGCCAUGGACUACAACAAGAGAUCAAGUGGUAGAAGUCCGAAAAGAAGGCCAUUUAAAUUACGGCAUGGUGGAUGAGGCUUGUUUUAACAGUGGGGAUUUCUGGCAAAGAUGCCGUUUGGUUUUACGGAAAUCAAGCUCUUUGGAAAGUGAGGAUUACCUUCUGGAGCUCUUUGAUCCUCCCAAAUGUUCAAAACCAAAGCUGUGUGUCCUGUGUUGUCAUGUCCAGGAGAUCCGGAAAUGCACCCGCCUAGAGAUGCCAGAUAAUAUUAACACGUUUGUGCUGAAGGCCAAUGCAACAGAAGUUAUUUUUGAAGCAAGUGAUGACCAGCAGCUAAAUUCAUGGACAUCAGAAAUCAAAGAAUGCAUAAGCCGGACGGAAGAGACUGAUGUAGGCACGCAAGCGGUUUCUCAAUCAGACAUGGCUGCCCAAAAUCCUGGCAGUACAGAUUCCAUCACUCAAGGGGCUACUGUCCUUGCGCCUCCGGAGCAGUGUUGCCAGAAAACGGACCGUUUUCUAGCCUCCUAUCCAUGGUUUCAUGGGCCCAUUACCAGGGUUAAAGCAGCUCAGCUUGUCCAGUCACAAGGAUUUGAAGGACACGGUGUCUUCCUUGUCAGACAGAGUGAAACACGCAGGGGGGAAUAUGUCCUCACAUUUAAUUUCCAAGGCAGAGCAAAGCACUUACGUCUCACGCUGACACGCAGUGGCCAGUGUCAUGUCCAGCACCUCCGUUUUCAGUCCGUGGUUGAAAUGCUUCACUACUUCCGAUUAAAUCCAAUUCCACUGGAAUGUGGCGCAAGUUGCGAUGUAAAACUCUCUAGUUAUGUAGUAGCAGCUGUUCAUUCACAAGAACAGAACACCUCAGUCAGUGCAUUACUGUUCCCGUUGCCAAUCCAGCGUUGGAAUUCAGACCGCAGCGUCUCCCAUAACCUGUCCCCAAACCUGCGGCAACCACAUGCAGAGGACAUUCAAAGCAGCUCUUACGCAGAGCAGAUUUUUCACGUCAUCCCUCCUCCAGAGGAGCUGGCUCGAAGCUUUCUGCGGAGUGAAGUGAGUGGGGCUCAGUCAGUGAGUCGCCGAGAGUCAGACUAUGAAAUGGAUUCCCCUUCACGCUGUCACACGCGAGCAAUAGACAAUCCUUACACUGCUCUAUGACAAUGCAGCAGUGUACUGUACAUACUGAACUGACACGUUUAUCCACAGAACCAGAUCACCAGGAGCCUUAAUACAUGAUGAUCAAACAAAGAAUGUAAUUUUAUUUUUUAUUAUUUCUUUAUUCUUAUGUAAUUUGGGAGGGACGGGUUGACUCUUACAUCCCCGUUGGGUGUUACUCUAUAUUUGGCCUGUUAAAGGGCCCUGCUUUUUGCUGCCUGCUUGGCAGUUUCUAGCCUUGCAAGAAGUAAAAGGGUUAAGUUGUAAGCAAUUUGAGUUGUUUUUUUUUUUGUUGUUUUUUUUUCCUAAUUGUUGGUGUUACAGUUUACAUGUUAGUAUAAUUUUGUC